UCGUGUGUGCGCGUGUGCAUGUGUGUGUUUGUGUGUGAAUAUGUGUGCGUGUGUGCAUGUGUGUGAAUAUGUGUGUGCAUGUGUAUGUGUGUGUUUGUGGAUGGUGUUAUUUAUUCGUGUUUGUCUAGUCCGCAGAUCGCUAUUUGAGUCAGUUUGCAGACAUUCUGACUCAACUGCAAACGAUUUCCACACAACAGCAGGCAACCAUCACCCGGGUGACAGCAGUGGAAGAGAAAGUGAACGGCAUGGAUGCAUUGACGGAGAGAGUUUCCACCAUCGACACUAACCUCAGUGCCCACUCAUCAACUCUCACUUCACUCAACUCCACGGUGGAUUCACGCUUGGCUGCAGUGGAUUCACGCAUUGCUGCAGUCGAUACACGCUUGGCUGAAGUGGAUUCACGCUCCGCCGCAGUGGACUUACGCAUUGCUGCCCUGGAGUCACGUGCCUCCAGACAGUCGUCUAGUGCCAGUACUCAACGUCUGACGGCGACUACCUCACCCAACGGUGACUCUAUUCCCCAGUCCUCUCCAUCACCACGCAGUGCAUCUUCUGCAACACCACCGAUGAUGUCAUCCAGCGCUUCCUCAGCUCACACACAGGUUAGAGUGCCCAGACAAGGGUCAGCCUCAGAUCAGUCUACCUUGCCCAGAAACACGUUGUCACCAUCGGCAUCAGUAGCAGCAGCGGCAGCAGUAGUAGCUGCAUCUCCACCACGGAAGCGUGAUUACACACAGAUCCGCAGAUCAAGGUACUCAUUUGGUAGCAAGGGCAGCGGGAGAGAUCAGUUUAACUCUCCUACGGGAAUAGCAACCAACAAAGCUGGUGACCUGAUCAUCUGUGACUCCUACAACGGCAGAAUAAAGAUACAUGGGGUUUAUGGCCAGUUCAAGCAGACGAUUGGUCAGAGGGGUACAAACUGUGGACAGUUCAACUGGCCAACAGCCGUGCAUGUAACAGAUGAUGAACGAGUGAUCAUUGCUGAUACUGGCAACAACCGACUACAGAUCACUGGUAAGGACUUCUCCGAGUUCAGCACCAUAGGAAGGUAUGGAUCAGGAAUUGGCGAGUUCAAUUUCCCAACUGGUGUUGUCCAAGUGAACCACAGCGCACUGGGCCAGUGCCUUGCAGUGAUGGAUGCAUUUAACCAUCGGGUUCAGAUUGUGCCCUGCAGUGGUGAGACAGGAUAUGCGUUUGGAACAGAAGGUAGUGGUCAAGGCCAAUUUCAAGAUCCAAGAGGCAUCACAGUGUACCUCAACAGGUUGUUUGUUGCUGACGAGGACAACCAUCGCAUCCAGGUGAUGACCGUCGAUGGAGAGUAUAUCACUUCGUUCGGGUCUCAGGGCAGCGCUUUUGGUCAGCUGCAGGAACCGUAUGAUGUCACUACAGAUGCCUACGGCAAUGUACUAGUCGCAGAUGCUGGCAAUGGACGUGUUAUGGUAUAUGCCGCAGAAACAUACACACCGCUGGCUGAGUUUGGAAAAGGAGAGCUGGACCAGCCGAUGGGUGUCUGCGUGACAAGUGAGGGCUUAGUAGCUGUUUCCUGUUAUGAAAACCACAAGAUUUUUGUGUUUUGAAGGUUUCUUGUUAGACACCUGUCAUCAGUCACCUGCUCACACUUUUGUAUGCAUCAUAACAUAAAUGACCAUAGCGUGACACAAACUGUUCUUGUAUCCCAUCCUACUCCCCUCCCCCUCCCCCCCCCCCCGCCUCCCCCCCAAACACGCACACAUAAACACAACCCCUUAGUUGUACAUCCUUGAUAAUUUUCAGUUGUCUUUUCUACACUUCUCGUUGAGAAUUUAGUUUUCCUCCACUCAUACGCUGCCUUGCUUGGUGACGUGUUCUAUCUUACAGCAGUCUCACAUGAACUGAACACAUCCCACGCAUGUUAUACCACAGUACUUCGAUUUCCUUAAUGGAUUAGGUAGCUGCCGCAACAGUUAUUCCACACCAGUUAUUCUUAGGUAGCUUCUGGUUGCCGGUGUUUGUUGACCCGGUUAUCUCAGAAAAGAACGUUUGCAAUUGCUAGAAUACAAAUCUGUCCAGUGGUGGAUAUAUUUUUGCAUUGAUCCUUUCUUCUUCAUUUUAAUCCUUGGCUCUCCAUCUGAGUUCAUUAUACAUUAUAUGUAGUCUGUAAUAGUUCCGAAUUUUUUUAAAUUUACUUAUUGGAUUGUUUUCUCGCAGAUUAAUCAUAUGAUUAGGAUAUCUAUGCAACAGUUAGUUUGAAUUGUUCACAUCGACAUCACGUUUUCCUUGUGCUGAUUCUGUCUACUCA